UGAAUCCUUUAAUAUUAAUUCAACUCGUGCUUUUGACUGAAGAUUUCCUUUUCAUUUCUGUGUCGAUCGAUUUCCCGAAUCGUAUUUGCUGUAACUAUAAUCACCUUCUCCUUGCUUGGUCGCCUCCGUUACGUAAAUUCACCCGUGUGAGAUUCUUACUGGCACGUGCGAUCCAAGCGGUGACUUAAUCUCUUUAUCUAUAUUUUACUUUUCCAAACCAAGUGGUCGAUCAUCGUUUUUCGUUGGCGUUGCGAUCGUACGGCCGUCGAUUGCUUCUGUUCAUGAUUAAUUGUACUAUUCUCAAUUCAGGUAUUUGGGCGUCUUAGAUUUUGUGAAUACUGAGAGAGAAUGAGUGAAGGGUGGGAUGAUCCUUUAUUCGAGAAAAGUGUUAUAGUUGAGUUAUUUGGUAGUAUUAUUUUCGAUUAGAAGAAGCAAUGAAUGUACAGGCGCAUAUAUCGGCAGGGCAAGUUCCUAAUCAAGGGGGACUGCCACAGCAAAACGGGAAUGCAUUGCCACCUAAUCAAAUGCAAAAUUUAGUAGAUGGUGGUGGUAGUGUAGUUGUUGCUGGGGUUUCUCAGCAGCAUAAUAUACUGAAUGUGGAUUCUGAGCUGCUCAGAGCUCGGGGUUGUAUGCGCGACAAGAUCUUUUCUAUUCUAAUGCAACGCCAGACACAACAAAUUGACGAAACAACAAGAAUGAAGUGCAAAGAUAUUUCAAAACGCUUAGAGGAGGGUCUAUUUAAAGCUGCUUUUACAAAGGAGGAUUAUAUGAAUUUAGACACAUUAGAGCCUCGUUUGAGUAUUCUGAUUCAGGGAAGAGGUGGCCAUAGCCAUAAUCAACGCCAUCAGCAGCUUGUAAAUUCUUCAUCUUCCAUUGGUACAAUGAUACCAACACCUGGGAUGUCACAUAGUGUGAAUUCAUCAAUGAUUGUUGCAUCCUCUGUUGAUACUUCAGUGAUUGCCUCCACUGGAAGUAAUACCAUCGCACCCUCAAAUGUCAACACGGGAAGUCUUAUGUCAGCUGGUGGCUUACAGAAUGGUUCCUUCAAUAGAUCUGAUGGGACGCUCUCUAAUGGAUAUCAACAAUCACCUGCCAAUUUUUCCAUUGGUUCCCAAAGGAUCACAAGUCAAAUGAUUCCUACACCUGGAUUUAACAGUAAUAAUAACAACAGCAGUAGUAGUAGCAGUAAUCUGCCUUAUAUGAAUGUGGAGUCUUCUAAUAAUGGUGGUGGGCCUUCAACUGUUGAAUCUACAACGGUACCACAGCUACCCCAGGAGCAGCAGCAUGUUGGUGGUCAAAACAGCCGCAUAUUGCACAACAUUGGCAGUCACAUGGGUAGUGGUAUAAGGUCUGGCUUGCCGCAUAAAUCUUAUGGGUACACUAAUGGAGCUCUAAAUUGUGGGUUAGGGAUGAUUGGGACCAAUUUACCCCUUGUGAAUGAACCUGGCACUUCUGAGGGCUAUUUAACUACCAUCCCAUAUGCUAAUUCACCCAAACCUUUACAACAACACUUCUAUCAUCAGCGUUCACUAAUGCAGGGUGAUGGAUAUGGCUUGGGCAAUGCUGAUAACUUUGGGACUGGGAACUUCUAUGGAGGUUCCUCAGUUGGAACAAUUACGAGUAAUCAGAAUUUUAAUUCCUUGAGCAUGCAGUCGCCCAUCUCCAAAACGAGCUCUGCAUUGAUCUGUAAUCAGUCGAAUUUGCAUAGUGCACCACAGGCUGCAAACACAAAGCCUCAAUUGAUUGAUCAAUCAGAGAAGAUGAAUUUCUCUUCCCCCUUAACCUCUAGAGACAAUCUUCUGCAGUCUCAUCAACAGCAGCAAUUUCAGCAACAACCACAUCAAUUUCAACACCAGCAACAACCCAUUCAACAACAGUGUCACCAGAAGCAGCAUGGUCAGCAGCAACAGCAUUUGUUAAACAAUGAUGCAUAUGGUCUUUCUCAGGUGAUGCCUGAUAUAGGCAGUGAAGUAAAGCAUGAACCUGGAUUGGAGCAGCAGAAUGAAGUUAUGCAUUCACAAGUUUCUGAACAAUUCCAGAUGCCUGUGUCACAAAACCAAUUUCAGCUGAAUCCUUCUGGAGACCAUUCUAUGGGUGCUCAACAUUUAUCUGUUUCUUCUGGAUCUCAAUCACAGGUAGCUCUUCAGGGUCCAUGGCAUCCUCAAUCAUUGGAAAGGACUCAAAUGACUGGGAACAUCUCCAAUGAUCAGCAAAUACAGGAGGAUUUCCACCAGAGGAUAGCUGGGCAAGGUGAAGCUCAGCGCAAUAAUUUGUCUUCGGAUGGAUCUGUUAUUGGUCAACCUGCCAAUCCUAGAAGCACAACAGAGCCCCCAAAUUCUAGAGGUACUAGCUGCAGAUCCAGCAGUGGAAUCCGUGACCAACAGUUUAGAAAACAACAAAAAUGGCUUUUGUUCUUGCACCACGCUCGUCGAUGUGCGGCUCCUGAAGGAAAGUGUCCGGCUGUUCAUUGCAUUACUGUUCAAAGAUUGUGGAAACAUAUGGAGAAUUGCAAUUCACCUCAAUGUCCAUACCCUUACUGCUAUGAUUCUAGAAGUCUGAUAAGUCAUCUCAGGCAGUGCAGAAACCCUUGUUGCCCUGUUUGUGUUCCUGUGAAGAAGUAUCUGCAUCAACAUAAAGAACGUGCUUGCCAUAACUCUGACUCUCGGUUGCCGAGUUCAGUUGGUGGAUCGUGUAAAUCCUAUGAUACUGGAGACACUUCAGGUGGAGUGAUUCCUAAAACUCCACCUGUUGUUGAAAGUUCACAAGAUAUACAGCCUUCUCUAAAACGAAUGAAAUUAGAACAAUCCUCUCAAUCUCUUGUUCCUGAGAGCAAUGCUGCAUUGGCUUCUGCAAUUUCAGAACCUCAUGUCUCCCAAGAUUUUCAGCACCAAGAUUACCAACAGGGAAAGAUUGGUAUGCCUAUUAAGUCAGAGUUUAUGGAAGUAAAAACUGAAGCUUCUGUAAGUUCUGGACAAGGAAGUCCUCAUAACAGUGACAUGAAGGAUAAUGUGGGUGACAUUGGCAACCAAAGGCCUGAUGUUGAGCCUAGCAUAUAUGGGGAUCCUACUGCUUCAGCCAAGCAAGAAAAUGUUAAACCUGAGAAUGAAAGUGAUGUGUCUAAGCAAGAAAAUGUGGCACAGGCUGCUGAAAAUGCAGCUGGAACCAAGUCUGGAAAGCCAAAAAUAAAGGGGGUGUCACUGACCGAAUUGUUUACUCCAGAACAAGUUAGACGGCACAUAACAGGCCUAAGGCAGUGGGUUGGCCAGAGUAAAGCAAAAGCAGAAAGGAAUCAAGCAAUGGAGCAUUCAAUGAGUGAGAACUCUUGUCAGCUGUGUGCAGUUGAGAAGCUCACUUUUGAACCACCACCUAUAUACUGCACACCAUGUGGUGCUCGUAUUAAACGAAAUGCAAUGUAUUAUACCAUGGGAGCUGGUGAUACACGCCACUAUUUCUGUAUUCCAUGUUAUAAUGAGGCUCGUGGAGACACAAUCCUUGUUGAUGGAACUAAUGUUCCAAAGACAAGGCUAGAGAAGAAGAAAAAUGAUGAGGAGACAGAAGAAUGGUGGGUUCAGUGUGACAAGUGUGAAGCUUGGCAACAUCAAAUUUGUGCUCUAUUUAACGGUCGAAGGAAUGAUGGUGGACAAGCUGAAUAUACUUGUCCUAAUUGCUACAUAGCAGAGGUUGAAAGAGGAGAGCGCAAGCCUUUGCCACAGAGUGCUGUUCUCGGGGCCAAAGAUUUGCCAAGAACAAUUCUUAGUGACCACAUAGAGCAGCGAUUGUUUAAGAGACUAAAGGCAGAGAGACAAGAAAGGGCUAGGAUUCAAGGAAAAUCAUAUGAUGAGGUUCCUGGGGCUGAAGCACUUGUAAUUCGAGUUGUUUCAUCUGUUGACAAAAAGUUGGAAGUGAAGCAGCGGUUUCUUGAAAUUUUUCAGGAAGAGAAUUACCCAACAGAAUUCCCAUACAAGUCCAAGGUAAUUCUGCUGUUUCAGAAGAUUGAAGGCGUAGAAGUAUGCCUUUUUGGUAUGUAUGUUCAAGAAUUUGGAUCAGAGUGCGAAUUUCCAAAUCAGCGUCGUGUAUAUCUAUCAUAUUUGGACUCUGUGAAGUAUUUUCGGCCUGAGAUUAAAGCCGUUACUGGAGAAGCCCUUCGUACAUUUGUCUAUCAUGAAAUCCUGAUUGGCUACCUUGAAUAUUGCAAAUUGCGUGGCUUUACAAGCUGUUAUAUAUGGGCCUGCCCUCCACUAAAGGGUGAAGAUUAUAUAUUAUAUUGUCAUCCGGAAAUUCAGAAAACUCCAAAAUCUGAUAAGCUUCGAGAAUGGUAUUUGUCGAUGUUAAGAAAAGCUUCCCGGGAAAGCAUCGUGGUUGAUCUCACUAAUUUGUAUGACCACUUCUUUGUAUCAACUGGUGAAUGUAGAGCUAAGGUAACUGCAGCUAGACUGCCAUAUUUUGAUGGUGACUACUGGCCUGGUGCUGCAGAAGAUCUAAUCUAUCAGAUUCGUCAAGAAGAAGAUGGUAAAAAACUGAAUAAAAAAGGAAUAACCAAAAAACCUAUCACAAAAAGGGCUCUUAAAGCAUCUGGUCAAGCUGACCUCUCUGGUAACGCGUCAAAGGAUCUGCUACUAAUGCAUAAACUUGGUGAGACCAUUUGCCCAAUGAAGGAAGAUUUUAUCAUGGUUCAUUUACAGCAUGCGUGCACUCAUUGUUGUAUGCUAAUGGUAUCUGGGAACCGUCAUGUAUGCAGACAGUGCAAAAAUUUUCAGCUCUGUGAUAAAUGCUUUGAAGCUGAAAAAAAACGUGAAGAAAGAGAGAGACACCCCAUCAAUUUGAGGGAAGUACACCCUCUUGAGGAUGUUCCUGUUACUGAUGUACCGGUUGAUACAAAAGAUAAAGAUGAGAUUCUGGAGAGUGAAUUCUUUGAUACCAGACAGGCAUUUUUGAGUCUUUGUCAAGGAAAUCAUUAUCAGUAUGAUACCUUGAGGCGGGCUAAACACUCAUCAAUGAUGGUCCUUUAUCAUCUGCAUAAUCCAACUGCACCUGCAUUUGUAACAACAUGCAAUAUGUGCCAUCUUGAUAUAGAAACUGGUCAAGGUUGGCGCUGUGAAGUUUGUCCUGACUAUGAUGUAUGCAACGCUUGUUAUCAGAAGGAUGGGGGUAUUGAUCAUCCUCAUAAAUUGACAAAUCAUCCAUCAACUGCUGAUCGUGAUGCCCAGAAUAAAGAAGCUAGACAAAUACGGGUCUUGCAGCUUAGAAAAAUGCUUGAUCUUUUAGUACAUGCAUCACAAUGUCGUUCUCCGCAUUGCCAGUACCCUAAUUGUCGCAAGGUGAAGGGGCUUUUCCGACAUGGUAUACAAUGUAGAGUUCGUGCAUCUGGAGGUUGUCUUCUUUGCAAAAAAAUGUGGUAUCUACUUCAACUCCAUGCUCGAGCAUGCAAAGAAUCUGAAUGCCACGUACCACGUUGCAGAGAUCUUAAAGAACAUCUGAGGAGGCUACAACAGCAGUCUGAUUCUCGGCGUAGGGCUGCUGUGAUGGAGAUGAUGAGGCAAAGAGCUGCAGAGGUUGCUGGCACUGCUGGGUAACCAAAUAUUUACAUGUAAAUAUUGUGAUUUUAGUGAGAAAGAAGCAAAUAGUGAGGGGAGGUGGAGAGUUGUUUGGUUGAGCCACAUGACAGAAAGUGUGGUAGAAACAGACGGUGAGAAGGGCAUACACGUGUAAAACAUAUAGCAGAAUGGGGUUUACAAUAUGAUCGUUAGUUGGGGAACAACCCUGCAAUCCAUACUCCAUGGCCAGACCUGCCCUUUUGGUUGACACCAACCCGCUAACUAAAGUCAUUAAGAGUUCUACUGCUACUACUGCUGAUUUAUGUUGGCCGGUGGCCAGAAUUGGUGAUUCUUUAAUUCUAUGGUAUUGUAAUGUCCCAAGUCCAAUGCCAUUAUUGGAUGGCUAGUGUACUAUAAUUGUUAUAAUCCCUUCUGCUUUAAGUUUUUUCUUACAGAAGAAAAGUGGGAGGGUGCUCAGUUUAAAAUCCCUUUUCCUUCGUCUUAGUUUUCCCUUUUUUCUUUUCACUUGUCUUUUCUUUGUAGACAACGAGGCAUCCCCUCUUUUUGGUAGAAUGUCUUUCUGUUAAAAAUAUAUGCCAGUUUACGAUUGCAGCAAA